GAAGGUUUGGCGCUAUUUCAGACAACAUUCGUUACGCGCGUCUUAACGUGACUCGUCAAACGCCCGUACAUAAUUGUAAUCGUUCUUCAUAAAUUUAACUCGUAGGCGCAGUUUGCCACCUAACUGAACAACAUUAUUUGCUGAUAGUAAUGAAGUGAUGUCGACACCUGUUUUAUUAGGAUUGGGUAUGAUAGCCGUAGGAGUUGCCGGACGUUAUAUAACACGGAAUACGAAUAUUGGUAGUAUACAAAAGCUUUUCAGUAUAUCUGGACUAAAUGGCUCCAAGUAUUAUCGUGGGGGGUUUGAACAAAAUAUGUCCCGGCGUGAAGCUGCCCUAAUUCUUGGAGUGAGUCAACAGUCAAGUAGAAAUAAAAUUAGGGAUGCUCAUAAGAGGAUCAUGCUUCUUAACCAUCCCGAUAAAGGCGGUUCCCCAUACUUGGCUGCUAAGAUCAAUCAGGCCAAAGAUAUACUAGAAUCCAACAAAAGUUAACCACUACUAACGACCCCGCUGUAAUAUAUCGCCCACUAUUUUACAAUGUCAAAUACAGUUUACUUUUCUAUUGUUGAACUGUAGACUUAUAGUUACAAAAAUGUAAAUUGUUAGAUACUUAUCUUUUGAAUAAACGUUUUUUCUCAA